GAUAUGAAGAAGUUAAGCAACUUGCCCAAGAUCACAUAGGAAGUAGAUGAGGAGAAGCCAACGAAAGAAGGGUCUCAGUAUCCAAUAUACAUUAUCACAAUGUGUACAUACUUCACUGCUGGCCCUCUCCUGACCUGGCUCCACCCCUGAUGGACAGAGCUCAUCCUUGACCAAUGACUUCUAACUAACACGUAGAGCAAGGGGCCAGAACAUCAGCAGUGGAGAAUAAAAGGCCACACAGAGAAGCAGCAGCACAUACCGGCUUCUGACACAGCUGUGAUCGCCAGCAAGCCCCCAGACUUGACACCAUGGUGCAUUUCACUGCUGAGGAGAAAUCUACCAUCCUGAGUGUGUGGGGCAAGGUGAACGUGGAAGAGGCUGGAGGCGAAGCUUUGGGCAGGCUCCUCGUUGUCUACCCCUGGACCCAGAGAUUCUUUGAUAACUUUGGAAACUUGUCCUCCCCCUCUGCCAUCAUGGGCAACCCCAAGGUCAAGGCCCAUGGCAAGAAGGUGCUGACCUCCUUUGGAGAGGCUGUCAAAAACAUGGACAACCUCAAGGGCGCCUUUGCUAAACUGAGUGAGCUACAUUGUGACAAACUGCAUGUGGAUCCUGAGAACUUCAAGCUCCUGGGAAAUGUGAUGGUGAUUAUUCUGGCUACUCAUUUUGGCAAGGAAUUCACCCCUGAUGUACAGGCUGCCUGGCAGAAGCUAGUGUCUGGAGUUGCCACUGCUCUGGCCCACAAGUACCACUGAGCCUUCUUUCUAGUUUGCCAGUGUCCCUGUGUGUCCCUGACAUCCUCCUUCUGCACAUGGAGAUGGGCUUGUUCUUGAGAGCAUAGCUUCUGUUUACUAAAGUACAUUCUAUUCA